AAUAAAAAAUGCCAGAGACGACGACCACUGGUGUUCUCUCAGUACUGCCAACCACUGCUAACGCCAGCAGUUCUUUAUCCCAUUGUCAGGGGGUGAACCAACAUGUUGCUCUCACCUUCUUCCUCUGCCUGGUGUUCUUCAUUGGCUUCCUCCUGAAUAUAUUUAGUCUGUGGGUGUUCUGCUGCCGUUUUCCAUGCUGGACUUCUGGAACUAUUCUACAGUUUCACCUGGCUUUAAGUGAUGCGAUAGCCACACCUGUUACCCCAAUGAUGGCUGUGUACUUUGCUGUGGGUAAUGACUGGAUCUUUGGCCGCUUCAUGUGUCAGGUCAAGAUUGCCCUGCUAAGCUCACAUUUUUAUGGUAGCUCCAUAUUUCUUACUCUCAUAAGCAUCCAUCGAUACACUACAGUGGUGCACUAUAACAAAGGCUGCUGCAUCAAAAAGAAAUUAUUUGUUCAGAAACUUUGUGCAUGUGUUUGGUGUUUGUUGGGGAUCCAGGCUAUAAUCUUUGCUAUCCUGCUCCCUCCCAGCUCCGAGAAGGGUAACAGUCACUGUCUCUCAAUUCAUCAGAAAAAUCUAACUGAUUCCUACUUUAUCAUUAACUUCAUCUUGUUUAUAAUUGGAUUUUUACUUCCUUUCUCCGUGUCUGCUAUAUGCUAUGGCCGUUUGGCAAACAAGUUGACUACCCUCAACGUUAGCACAGCGAAGGGUUUGAAGGUCAGGCUGAAAUCUCAGAGGAUGAUAGGUAUAUGUCUGCUUAUAUUCUGUGUGUGCUUCCUCCCGUUGAAUGUGUCACGAACUCUGGGAGUUGUGUUUAAAAAAUUUUAUCCACAAAAAUGCCGCCUUCUCCAGGGGAUCGAGACAGCAUAUUACACAACCUGGAUUUUAGGAGGAGUAAACAGCUGUCUCGACCCUAUUCUAUAUUGUUUUGGCUCUCAGAAUUUUCGAGAUGCAUUUCAGUCUCUUCGAACUGGGAAGAUGGAUGUUCCAAACAGGCCAAACAGAAGUGAAUCAGAAAUGACUGCAAAUCCAUAGCCAAGAGGUUAUUGACUAAUUGGAGCCCCGUAAACUGAAGCAAACAACAACAAAAAAAACAACAACAUCUGAUAUAUCAAAUACAAAACUUAGAUCAGAGUUAAUAUUAAAGUAAUGUACUGGAUGAAGGUUCUUAUAGGCAAGUAUUAAAAUCCGGCAAGUUAGCAUGUUUUACCAAAUUGAUGAUGCCCCUUAUUAAAUCAAAUAAAACUCGCAAUUAUCACAUAAAUUAUUUGGAUCUGAUUAACUUACAGUUUAAAAAAAAACUUCUAAGAUAAUGAACAAAUGAAAGUCAGAUAGUGUUUUCAACCAUGCUUCAAUUGAGAGAUUUUAAAAACAAGCACAUGAAAUAGGCCUGAAAAAAAAAAUAUAUAUAAAUUAUAUGACCAAAGGGACAUGUUAGAUUUGUGUGUCCACUAAUUAGCAUCACUGGUGUAGACAAUCUUGUAAUCAGCAUAACAGGUGUCACAGGUGUCAGUCACUGUGCUGUUUGGUGACAUGAUUUGAACGAGAUUCAACAAGGACCAGAGAAAAAAUUAGAAAGAAAAAUAUUUUUGAAAUGAAAUGUUUCUCAAACAUGUUAAAGAUAAAAGCUAUAAGACCAUUUCUGAGCAGCUUGAAGUUCCUGUGACUACAGUUCCACCUUAGUUGUACUUCCCAGCAUUAGAAAGCUUGAUCUCAUUCACAGGUCAUUGGUGUUGCAAUAGCAAAAUUACCCAAAAUGGCUAAUAAGAUAUAAUAUAAAAAUAUUGGACUACUCUGAAGUGCCCUUCUAUGAGCCCUGGGGACCCUUUCACGAAGCAGGUUUAUCAAACUCAGAUUCAAAUCCACAGCUCUAGAUUGAUCAGCCCUAAAGUUUGUUAUUCAGAGUUUUCGGUUUUGCAAUAGCUGCUAUGAAUUAUUGCUGUGAAUAUUGAAUUAGUUCAAUCAACUCCAAGUAGAACCACUCAGAUCUAUUAAGCUGAAAUCUUCUGGUAGCAGGUGAAAAUUAAGUCAUCAUCCCAUGGGUCCCUCCUCAUGUUGAUUUAGUCUUAUUUUACACAGUAAAUACUAAGUGGCUGUUUGCAGCCACGGUUCGGAUGUUAUCAUCCUAAUAAACUGUUUUUAUUAGCUAUCAGUCCCUUAGAAUUGUUUCAGAUUGUGCCAAUAGGCUUAUUAGGUUGUUAUCAUCGAGUAAAUCCUAACUCUAAAGUAAUUCCUUUUUGCCCAUUGAAUCAAUAAAUGUGUAAUCUGAAAAUUUCAGUUGUGCUUCAUUUACUUUAAAUAUAACAAAAUAAAAAUAAAAUUAUCCGUACCCUGGUCCGCUCAUAUUAAACAAACCAAAGACAAGUAAACCCAUUCCCUGUCAACUCAGUUGUAGAAUCCUCUCCCUAUAAAAACCUAAUUCUCUGUAAAAAAAAAAAAAAAAGUGAAGAUCAUUGUGUAAUAAGAUCUUCGUCAAACUGACAUGUAUAGUUUGGUUUUAUAUACCCAAUGUUUCUAAACAGACCUAGAUGUUUUUUGUAUUGUAUGCAUAAAACUACAUCAAACAACAACAAAAUUCUGUCUAAAUCAGGAAAUAAAACAAUGUGAUUGGCUGCAGAGAGAGGGGAGACCGAGGAAACUCUGGGUUUACUGAAAAAACCCUCCUACUGACCAGGUAAGCUCUAGAGAGAAUGUUACUACGGUGACUGAAACAGAGGCUGAGGAAACUAUUUUAGUGAAAUGGAAAAGUCAGAGUUUCCAUGUUUUCAAGUUUAGAUAACUUAGUUUUUGGUAAACCUGCUUUGUGAAACAGAUCCCUGACCUAAAUCAUAUUUAGCAUCUUUGAAAGAAACAUAUGGUUUGGAAAAAGCACUUUUCAAUUCUGGGACAACUGGGUAAUGAGUGCUCCAAAAUCCCUGCUGAGAUGUGCAUAUGUCUUAGGUUUUGCAGCAAGAUUUUAUCUAAAAUGGUACCAUCAUUUUUGUCCAUGGCUGUUUCAUGGCUUUUUUUUUGUCAUUCUGUUAAAGCAUGUAUAAAAACAAUGUCUGACUUAUAUUUUUUUAUUUUCAGAUAAUGGUUAUUUAUUUUUACCUAUGAAGAUUCAAGGUAUUGCUGUAACCAUAGUGUUUUUUUCUUUCAAUAAUCUAGGGGUACCAACAAUUUUGUCCACAGUUGUAUAUGGUCUCUCUUCUAUAAUUUCAGUGU